GAAGCAGAGAUGCGUUCAGGGACAGAGAGCCACUCCAUCACCACAGAGUGACGAUGAAGAGGGUUCAGUGAAGGACGAAUCCAAAAUGUCUCCCCGAAGAGGAGGCUGCUGAGAAGGAGCCAUGAGGGUCCUGACAUCCAACUUGUUCGCUCUGCUCUUCCUGAGCGUCUUCGCGGGGGUUUUCUACGUGUGGAGCGCACUGGAAGACCGCUCGGAGCGACACAAACGAGGCUUCGGAGCUUUUUACCCCAAACUUCCCGUAGAACUGUCGGCUAAAACUUCCCGGACUCUGCUCACGGUGCCGCUGGCACGAACACCCGAACAACACCCGGACGACGUGAGCGGGAAUACGUCGGUCAAGACGUCGGCCCCCCCGGUGGAGGACGGGGUGUUCUGGAGCGGCCGGCUCGAGGCGCUGCUCCCGCUCGGCUUCCCGGAGGAACACGCCCGGGCAUGGCGCGGCGGUGCGAGGACGGCGCGGGUGGUCAAGCUGGAGCCCGGAUGCGGAAGAGUCUCCAAUCAACUCGCCACGUUCGCGGACGGCUCCAGAGCGUGCGUGCGGUACGGCAUCAACGCGGAUCAGGUGCAAGGGGAAACUUUGACUUAUUACCUGGCGUGUUUGCUGGGCAUCACCAACCUCCCUCCUUUAGUCUUGUCCCCGCUCUACAGCGAGCAAUGGGCGGCGGUACGGACGCGCGUUGAGGGAUUACAAUGGAGCGACCGCGCGGUGGUUUCUCUCACCGAGUGGGUGUCCGACCUCACCGGGGUCGUCACACCUGCCCCGCUCAGGCAGGAGAGCAGCGGGCUGCACCCGGAGCUCCGCAACAAGACGACGGCGGAGCUUUUGGACCUCAUGCAGUGGAGCGACUUGAUCAUAUUCGACUAUCUGACCGCCAACUUUGACCGGCUGGUCAGCAAUCUGUUCAGCCUCCAAUGGGACCCGCGCGUUAUGGAGAGAGACACCAACAAUCUGCUAAAAACCCCCCGCGGGAACCUCGUCUUCAUCGACAACGAGGCCGGGUUAGUGCACGGCUUCCGGGUGUUGAACAUGUGGGAGAAAUACCACCAGGCGGUGCUGAGCUCCGUGUGCGUGUUUAGGAGGAAGACCGCGCGGCGUGUGGCGGAGCUGCACCGGCGUAGGGACACCAGGAGGAGACUGAUGGAGCUUUACCGAGACAGCGAGCCUUUGUCCGCCAAGUUGGGGUUCCUCUCCGACGAGCACGCCGCCGUGCUCCAGGACAGGAUAGACAUCGUGCACACACACAUUUUACACUGCAAGGACAAGUAUGGCCAGUUGUGAGCAUUAGACCAGUGAUGGAAACUCUAUUAGGGCACAUUUUGUCCUAAUUAUCUAACUCAGGGGUGUCCAAAGUGCGGCCCGCGAGCUGCUCCUUCUUUUUUAGUGGAUCGUGACCAUACCUGUCAACAUUUACAUUUCAAAA